AUGGCCUCCCUCUACGAUAUGUUCGACUGGAGGACGGCUUCAACUCAAGAACUCGAAGACCAGAUCAAGAAACUACAGCGUGAAGGCGAUUUGAGGAAACUGCAGAACACAGUAAGAGAUAGCAUAAGAGACAGCAUCAGAGCGGAAACCCUCAAAGAGGGCAUCAGUCUCAAGAUCGAGAACGAAGACGGCCUAGUUUAUUUCCGCCCACGCGGCCUUAUAAUGGGUAAUUCAGCACUAAACAUCGAGCUGAAGAACAAAGGAUACAAUGGCAAAAUCUACGUUGAACCGGGCGCCUCAAGCUGGUUCACAGGUGGAUGGGCCAAAGCGCUCGUUCUGGCGGGAACGGUAUAUCUAUACCGUAACGAACUCCGCAUUAUCGGCCGAGGCGUGCUAGCUGGAGCGAAUCUAGCCAUCGAACGAUGGGAACAACGUCAGCGUCAGCAAGAUGGUGAUGUGAAAGGGAAAGAAGUAGAAGAGGAGAAAGAGCAAGGAAAGGAGGAGCAGAUGAUGCCUGUCACGCCGACUGAAGAGGAAGACAUUAACCAAAAUGCCUCCAUAUACCCUCCCCACCCACCACCCGUACAGCCACCCGGCAGCCUUGGAUUCGACGCAGACAUGGACACGCCAACCUCACCCCAGAGCCUACGUUGA